AACAACACUACAACACCACGGCAUACACUGCACGACGCACACACGGCAGCAUGGCGACUGAGAACGGGGACAGCGCGCCGUCCCCAGCGGCCACAGUGACGCGGUCGCCGCGCGCGUCAACGUCGACCAUCGGCCACUCGCUCGACCUGCCCUCGCUCCUGCCCCUCUCGCACCAGCACCCCCUGCUCACGGCACAAGAGUACGACGUGGACGCGUUUCUGCUGUCGCGCAUCCACAUCCCGCUCGACGAGCUACGUGCCGAGCUGCGCGCGUAUCUCGGUGUCCUGCGCGAGGAGCUCGUCCAGCUCAUCAACGACGACUACGAGGAGUUUAUCUCCCUCGGCACCGGACUGCGCGGCGAGGGCGAGCGGUUGAAGGGGCUCCAGCGGCCACUGACUGGACUGAGGGGGCAGGUUGAGAUCGUUCGCGACGUUCUCAAGGACCACCAGAAUGCCGUCCAGGCGCAGCUCGACGAGCGCUCAGCACUGAGAGAAGAGAAGGCGCUCCUCGAGCUCCUGCAGCGCCUGUUCGAGACGUUGGCCCGCGCCGAGGCCCUUGAGACCGUUGGCGACGACACGGAGCGGCCAAAGGUCGUGCAGCGCCUCGCGGGGGAGUACACGCAGCUCGUUUACCUGCGCAACAAGGCGCGCGCCGAGGGGUGCAAGGUGGCCGAGACGGCGUCCCCGCGGAUCGACGCGCUGCGGACGCGGCUGAGCCACGACCUGGCGUCAAUACUCACGGCUGCGCUCGGCGCGCGCGACGAGCCGCGCAUCAAGCAGUGCCUCCGGACAUAUGACCUCAUCGAGGGCUGGCGCGAGGCCGAGGACGUUGUGCGCUCGCUCGUGCACGAGUUUUGCGCGCGCACCAUCACUGCUUCGGCGCUGGUGGUGCCCCCGUCCCCGACGGCUCCAGAGACGCCUGCCGCGAGCAAGGCAAUCGACAGGCCUCACAGGCUCACGGGCGCGUCCUUACUCGACGGGUUGUACAACCGCGUCCUGGCCCAGGUCGAAACGUACACGCCUUUGAUUGCCAUCGCGCAUUCGGUGUCAACAGAGUUUGACUUCUUCUCCAAGGUCUUGUGGCCCGAGAUCGGGACCGCUGUCGUCGACAACCUCGGCCAUGUCAUCUUCUCUGCUGGUCGGCCAGACGAGCUGUACAAGCACUACACCACCACGCACCGGUUCCUGACCAUCUUUGAGGGUCAUGCGCCAACGGCCGACGCGGUGAUCGCCAUGCGUGAGAGCAGGACGUACAUCACGUUUGAGCGCCGGUGGCAGUUGCCAGUCUACUUCCAGCUGCGGUGGAAGGAGAUUGUGUCCACGUUUGAGAACGCCCUCGUUGCAAGCGCGACAUCGCCCCAACGACCAUCAACAUCCGCAGUGUCGUCACCAAGAGUAUCGGGUGCGACCGGAUGGGCACUGCCUCAGAGCGAAGCGGCGUGGAACGCGUUCAAGCAGUGCUGGGCUCCCGAGAUCUACCUGCCCGAACUUUCCCACCGGUUCUGGCGACUGAGCCUGCAGAUUCUGUCGCGGUACGGUUCGUGGCUGAGCGCCACCCUGGCAACAUACAAGGUCGGCGACGACGAGGCGGCGCAGGCGCAGGAGGACGCCGUGCUGCGGUUCGCGGCAUCGGCGAUUGCGGAUAUCGACCAGCUCACGGCGCGGAUCGGCGACUUGGCACUGCUGGCCGACCUGGGCCUAUCAGUGCCAUUCCCAGCGUCGCUAUCAACGCAGCCGUAUGCCGAGCGUAUCGUGGCCGUGCUGCAGCGACGCUGUGCCGAGCCACUCAAACUCGUGAAAACCGUCGCGUCUCAAUUCCGCGCUACAGCCGCUCGACCCAACGCGGCGGUCACUGCGUCGCAUUUCAUUCCGACAAUCCUCAAGCCCCUCAACCUCUUCUUUGAGCCACGGCCCACGCUGCGGGAAAAGUACCAGGCAGCAUGGAGUGUGCUCGUGGUCGACCACGUGUUGUCCAACUAUGCGUCCAUCCUCGCGUCGGUCCGCAAGACUGAGGACCUUCUGCGGCGGCACCGUGGCGCCCGCAGACCAGGCUUCUCAUUGUUUGGCAACGCGGGCGUUCCCGGCACGCCCGACGCCGAGGAGGGGCGUUUCAAGACGCAGAUGCUGGCGGACGUGAAUGCGCUGGCAGACGACGCGCGCAAGCUCGGCGUGAGCGUCGACGACCUGGGCUCGUGGCUCGAGCUCAAGGAGGUGGUGGAGCGGCCCUCUGGCGAGCAGUAGUGCAUAAACGUGGUAGUAUGCAGCAGCAUCAUGUGUGUCACCACAGCACUCAUACAACUCACUCGACUUACUCUAAGCUCGAACUACCACCCCCACCCCCGCCCCACCAUGAUCACCAUCCCGCCCCAGAUCAUCAACCAGCUCCCCCUGUCGCAGGGUGUCCUGGCGUCCCUCUACGCCGAGUACGGCGGCGUGCCCGUCCCGCUCGGCAAGGGCGUGCUCGAGGAGGGCCUCGACCUGACCGACAUGCUGCUCGAGAGCCCCGUGACGGGCGACGAGCUCAAGGCCGAGGCCAAGGCGUUCCAGGACGACCUGCUCGAGCACGGCGAUGACUGGGCAAAGGUCCGCAAAAACACGGGCGCCACGAACCCGCUGUACAAGAUCCUUAUCGAGAUGCAGAAGGAGAUCCAGACGCUCCGGCACGACAUGAAGGCGGUUCUCGACCGCCUCGACGCGGCCGACGAGGCAAAGUACAAUGACGCGAGGCGGCUCGUCGGCCUCCCGCCAGUCAAGUACCGCCACUGGAGCGAGCACGCGGCGAGCAAGGUGCCGGGCUUCUCUACCCCCACGUCGGUCGAGCGCCUGUCGGUCGAAGAGCUGUGUAUCUCGCUCGAAGACUACCUCGGCGAAGAGGUGUCCGAGGAGGUGCCCCGCGAGACGCUGGUGCGCGCGCUCAAGCUCGCCGCGGGGCUGGAGCACUAAGCGGCGUGAGCGGUGAGCGGGCGCGAGCCCGCGAGCCCGCGAACUGAGCCGGUGCCGCACUGGUGCGGACACACAGCCCCACCCACCACGACAACAACAAGCGAAGAGCCGAGGCGGGCGAGACACGCCGCACCCACCGCCGCUUCUUUCCCCUCGCCGCUCGAACCCAUCACCAUCCCAACAAACCCCAACCCCAUACAUGACGAUAGCAUUGACGCACGCCGCAUUGAACAUAGACACUGUAUAUUGAUGAUGAUGAACAAGUUGUGAUUCGGUCA